CUCUAUCACUAAGUCAAACUAGACCGAAAUCCAUGAGGAAACUUCUAUUGCUUGCAACAAUUCUCAAAAUCAUUAAAUCACAUUUUCUUGUCUCAACCCCUCUUCAUUUAACUCCUCUGCCUCUCCUUUUCUCAGUUUCAAUCAUAAAUCACACUUUCAAAUGUUUCGCCCUUUCAUCUGUGCCACUUUCAAUCCUCACCAAGAUGACGAUAGUCCAAGAAAAUCCAGAAACAACAAAGCUCGAAAAAAGGAUGACAAGAACCCUUAUUCGGAUCGCGGCCUCGACAAGUUUUCUGCACUUUUAUCUGAGCUCGAGCAGAAGAAACAAAAGAUUUACUCGCAAACGGGCUCACAAGAUAUAAAGUUGGUUCGCUUUAAGUACAAGAACUCGACGGAUUUCGUCCCCAUCGUGGUAAAGCUCAAGGACAACAAGAAAGAAGAAGAGAAAAAGAAAGGUAUUGAUAAUACAACCACCAAAGAGAUGAAUCUUGAUGCACAAGUCAUAGAUAAACACCCAAUCCAUGAAGGGAAAGAAGUAAUGAACAAGGUACCACCAGGACUGCAACCUGUUACUGAUCAGAAGAAGAAAAAACAAAGCUUUUCAUGGAAUAUUGAGUUUCAUAAAUGGAGACGGCCUUGUUACUAUUUACCAACAGUUCUGGUCUUGAUUUUGUUGCUUUUGGUGUUGUUUGAAAGAUCGGUUUCGAUACUAAUUACUUCUAUUGGAUGGUAUAUGGUACCUAUAAUACAAGGAAAGAGUUACAAUAAGAAGAAGGGUUAUGUUAGAAAAUUGAGUGACAACAAAACCCGAGCUGUAGGAGACAAGUUAUCCCAGGUCUGAUCAUUGAUGGUUUUUUUUUUUUUUCUGUUAAGUGUUUUUCUUUGAUUCUUUUGUUGCUGUGUUUUGGGGUUGGAUUGAAAAUUUCAUCCACUCUUUUAGACAGUGUAAAUUCUUGUAUAGGAGGAUGGAUUCUUCAGGUUACUUUUUAUGACAUUUUCGAUCCUUGGUCAUGGAACUUGAUUAUUGGCAUUCCAGAUGUUGGUUUCUUUUCAUAAUUUUAAAGUUAAAUAUUCAGGGGGUCACUUA